CAACAGAAACACGGGGUUACAAAACCUAAACACUCACACGUCUACGUAACGUUCACUGGUUGUGUAAGGGUCGUGUGGAUGUCGUUUUUGUGAGAGAGCUGCACAGCUAAAUGUCGUUAUACUUUUGUAAAUCUUGAAUAGGCAGCUUUUAUUUUAAAUCUUUUCGUUGUAUGCUGCCUCGGCUUUGCGGAAGGCACGUCUUGAAGCUCCUUAGCCAGACCAAACAGAGUUCCUGCUCACCAUUCACCUCCCUGACCAAGUUGUCCACCAGUCCCACCACCAUGUCUGCAGUAAAACGCAAGGCACCAACUUCGACCAAAAGUCCAGAUGCCAAGCAGCAGAAGUUGGCUCCCCACAAGAAGGAGGAGAAGAAGGAGCGGGUGGAGGGCUGGCUGCAGGCGCAUGUGCUGCAGCAGAGGAGAGACAAGAAGGAAAUGAAAUUAAACAAAAAGCGUGUGAGGUAUAUAUCAGACACUCAGAAGAUUAAACAGGGCUCGGAGGGGGUCCUGUACUGGAUGUCAAGAGACCACAGAAUUCAAGAUAACUGGGCGCUGAUCCAUGCCCAGAAGCUUGCUGUGGCGGAGAACCUGCCCCUGCACAUCUGUGUCUGUCUGGUGGUACCAAAAUCUGAGCUUUCCACUCUGCGGCAUUACACUUUCAUGCUGAAGGGACUGGAGGAAGUUGCAAAGGAGUGUAAAACCCUGGACAUCCAGUUCCAUUUGCUCCACGGCACAGCAGGGCAGGUGCUGCCCGGCUUCGUGUCUGACCAGGGCCUGGGGGCCGUCGUGACAGACUUCUCCCCUCUCAGAGAGCCUCUGCAGUGGCUGGAAGAUGUCAAGAAGCAGCUUCCCAAGGACAUCCCCUUCAUACAGGUUGAUGCCCAUAAUGUUGUGCCCUGCUGGGUAGCAUCUGGUAAACUGGAGUACUCUGCCAGGACCAUAAGAGGAAAGAUAACCAACCUCUUGCCAGAGUUCCUCACUGACUUUCCUCCGGUGGUCAAACACCCUUGCACAGCCACAAGAACUGCCAAACCGGUAGACUGGACCAAAACCCUGGCCUCGCUGCAGGUUGACAAAACAGUGGGAGAGGUAAGCUGGGCUACGCCUGGCACCAGGGCAGGGAUGGCCAUGUUGGAGUCCUUCAUUGAUGUGCGGCUCAAACUUUUUGGCACCCAGCGCAACGACCCAAACCGUGCUGCCCUCAGCCAGCUCUCCCCCUGGAUCCGCUUCGGGCACUUGUCAGCCCAGCGUGUGGCGCUGGAGGUUCGGCGUUUGGGGAAGAAUGCAGGCGAGUCUGUCUCUUCCUUCAUCGAGGAGCUGGUGGUGCGCAGGGAGCUGACCGACAACUUCUGCUUCUACAACAAGAACUACGACAGCGUUAAAGGUGCCUAUGAGUGGGCACAGAAGACCUUGAAAGAUCACGCCAAAGACCCCAGGCCAUACGUCUACACACGAGAGCAGCUGGAGAAAGCCAAGACCCAUGACAAGCUCUGGAAUGCAGCCCAGUACCAGAUGGUCAGUGAGGGGAAGAUGCAUGGUUUCCUGAGGAUGUACUGGGCGAAAAAGAUUUUGGAAUGGACUUCUUCGCCAGAGGAAGCGCUCUCUAUUGCCCUUUACCUAAAUGACCGUUAUGAGCUGGAUGGCCAGGAUCCCAACGGUUUUGUUGGUUGUAUGUGGUCUAUCUGUGGCAUCCAUGACCAGGGCUGGGCAGAGAGGCCUAUUUUUGGAAAGAUCCGCUACAUGAACUACAAAGGCUGCCUUCGCAAGUUUGAUGUGGCCGGGUUCGAGAAGAAAUACUGUCCCAAAAACCUUUGAAGCAUAAGAAAAAAAGUUCAGAGGGAUGACAAAAAAAAAAAUCUGACAGCCUGCGUGUCACACAUGUUACCUCAGGAGAUGUUUUCUGCAGCCUUUCUAGUUGUAGAUUCUCUUUUCUUUUGCUGUUUGUUUUUUCUACAAAGUGUUUUCAGUGUACAGAUGCUCAGGGGACGUGAGUGGCCUGUUAUUUAAUAUUCAGACAUGGUUUUCAUGCUUAUGAUAACCAUAAGCUGUUUUCUGGUUAUUUACUAUACACUGAACUAUAGUAGUAAACUUAAUAUUUAGAUGAUAUUAUAAUCUCUGUGGUGCCUAGGCUGUAUGCUUGAAAUUAUAUACAUCUUAUACUUUUUUUUUUUACAUUGCUGUAUUUUUUUGAUUGAAUACUAUACUCAUUUUUAUCUUUUUUAUACGAUAUUCCUUCCUUCUUUUUUUAAUUUAAUUUUUUCAAUUACAGAUUCCAUUGCACUCGCUGUCCUUGUUAGAGGAAUUUAAAGGAAAUGUCUCAGUUUGCUUUUACCACAGACUUAAAUUGAUGACCAGUUUGUCUUUGCCACUGUUUCUGUUACUCUUUUCCCUCAUCAUUUUUCUCACUGUAUUUUGUGUGUAACUGAAAAACUAAAAAAUAAUUGUUGCUUUAAACGGA